UACUACACCAGGGCCUUAUCGGACCCGUGGUCCGGGAAGUUAUGCUGGGCUCCGGAGCUGGCGUGAACACGAUCCCGGAAGAAGCGGUACUGGAGAUCAUCAACGUGCGCGAGGCUGCAGGCAUGCGGAUGAACGAUGAUAACCACCCGAUAUUACAGCUGGAAACUUGGCGACACGGAGAGGAAUGCAGAGGAAUCGCUGGAGGAGUCAAAGUUCCCCUGAUCGGAGCCGUCAGUCUGAUGAUGACGUUCGUCGAUCGGAUCUCGAACAAGCGGAAGACCAUCCCCGCGAAGUUCAUGAUUCUGGCUGCGAACAGGACGGACUGGGUACCGACUAUCUUGGGAGGAAUGUCGAUUGACUGCGUGGAGCGGAAGGGCCUCGGAGUCGUUCCUCAGGAGGCCGGAUUUCACAUGGCCGCGCUGAACAUCAGCGUGGAACGACUGGACAAGUAUUGUCACGGGCGACCCGACAAUACGGUUUACGCUCUUCGAUCCGAGAUUGUCCGCCCCGCCUUCGACUCUGACUCCGAAGAAGAAGAAGACGAUCUAGGCAAGCCGACGUCCUACCCGGCGGCCGGCUCGGAGGUCUUUCCUUCUCUUCUCUCAGCCGCAGGCAAGGGAGCUUUGCGAGAGGAGUGCAGCCAGGUGGGGAUCGACGAGCUCGCGCUGAACACGGCGGGCGUCGUGAUCCCCACAGGGGGCGGCGCCUGGGCCCCCGUCGUUAGGAACUGGCGGGCCGGCCGGCCGGAGGCAAUCCCCGGUCUCUGGGACACAGGCGGCCAGGAAGGAAUGGUCUUUAUCGCGAACCCUACCGAAGCGGACGUGGAGGUCCUGGAUGGAGACAGCGUGGCUGGAGCGGUGCCGGCUGGAGUCCAGACCAGGACAUGCACUUCCCGCGGCUUCGUCGACGCGGACGCCUUCAUCAGCGAUCUAUCGAUGCGCGAUACGCGCGGCACUCUCCUCCCGAAAGGACGGUCGCCCUGCAGGCGACGCUUGGCAGAGCCGUCAGGGGGCGAGCACGUCAAGCUCCACAUGUACGCGGGCUGUUCCGAUUGCAAGGCCAAGAUCCACUCUCUCUCCGCCAACGCCGAGAUUAGCUGUCCGGCGGAAGUCCGAGCGGACAUGAUGACGGAUUCAGCCGAUCAGAGACGACGGCGAGAAGAUCAGCUUCGGGUUGACCGCGCGAAGGUUACCGUCGGUUCCGUGGACGGAGCCUUCACCAGGACUCUUGAAGUCCAGGAUCCGAGGACGACCCCCUACUUCUUCGUACAAGAGAUUGGCCAUAUCGUCGAAGAACCGGGAGGCAUUCAGCAUGUAACGGACUGCGAAGUGCCGCCAGCUGAAUAUUACGCGGAGCUGUUGCAGGACAUGGCGCGACGGUAUCCGAAGGCGAGCAAGCGCGUCUUGGAGCAUGCAGUCUGCACCGAAGCGUUCUUUGACAACUCCAUGCUCGCGGGUUUCUCGCGCGGCAUCGCGAAGGCUCAGAUCUUCAAGCAGGAGGCGGUAUUGCUGGGCAAUAAAGUUGGCAGGUUCGGCGCUACCGCGGAUCCAGAGAAGACAGCAGCGAUUAUGAACUUCGAGCCCCGUUACGAGAGCAGACGCACGUCAGGACCGAAAGCCCCUGUCAGUUCCGACCCGAAGAUUCAGGAAGGCCAUCGAGCGGUCCGAGCGAUCAAGUUGAUGACCAAGUAUUGCGUCAACCGAGCUGUCAUGGAUGUCGCAGGCGCGAUUGAUGGCACCCGACCGCUCGAACAGAUCGCCGACGCCUGCGGGUACGGAUGGGGAGGAGUGGUGCUACAGAUGGACGCGGCCAUGACUGGAUUUAACGUCCUACUGAUAGUGGGGGGCGGAUUCACUGGCGCCCAGCAACACUGGCACCCUUCCACGCUGAAGCCAGUGCUGAGUCGGUCCGCGAGACUGGCUGAUGGCAUCUCGAGGAACUGUGGAAACCGUGACGAGCUCUUGGAAACCAGAACGAGAGAGCUGGUAUAUAGGUCGGGGAAGAUCCGGUCGUUCAACCUCAAGCAGUACCUCUCAGACUGCGAGGAGCCAGAUUCAGUUCAGGCAUGGGCUGUCGGCGACGAUGGAUGGAUAUCUGCGAAGGGCGCCGACGCCGCCGGAGCCGUGGAUCAAGGUAUAGGCUUAGCUAAGGCGGGCCAAGAUUACUGGGAAUACCGAGAUGGUGGCACCUUUGGGGGGCGGACGGCUGGCGUCUGUGUGCGCGUGCACUGUCGACCGCGUCAAACUCUAUUCGCCCCGACUGGGGCGAAAUGUCUGGUCGACAUCGAAAGGUUGGAGGACCCCAGGAAGACAAGGAUGCGAUCACACGGCAUGAUGCUCACGAAGGAGUCAGGCACCCUCGACGCCGACCGCGAACCGAGCACCCGAGCUGUUGCAGACUCAUGGCGAGGACCGAACCCGCAUCGCAUAGUGUACCCAGGCGACUCCCCUACCAGAUGGACGGGAGAGACCAUAUUUCUCGUCCGAACCGAAGCAGAGUCGGCUUCUGAAGACAGCGGGUCACAUUCGUGGCCUGGUAUGCCCUCGGAGUUUGCCAUCGCCGGAUUCAUUGAUGCACUGCCCGACUGGCCGACGACCGAAUCGGGACCCAAUGGCCCGUGUGCGGUUUACGAGCAGAUCGACAGGGACGUUACUACGUUUCAGCUGCCGCACCCCGGCGGGCCACCCUUGGACAGAAUUUAUCAGAUUACGACCUUCCUGUUCGACAGAUCGGACUUCCACCAGCGUAAGUACGAGUCGAUUUGGCUGGAAGAGCACGAAGGUUAUAUGAUCCAAGACGUCAUUUGCGAACCUGGAGCUGCGAGCACCAUGACGUUGGAAACCCCUAUCAAAGCAGUUCUGGGUACGGAUGGGUCAAAGAAUGACGAUCCCUUGGAACCCAAGUGGGACAUCGUGACUCAGUUCCACGCCCUGCCUGAUCCAGCGAGGCUGAGAGGCCUCGGAUGGGCCCAUCAGGUGAUGGCCGACGCCGGAACUCCGUUGACAGUGCGAGCCUUGUACCUAUCGGCAGGGGGGAACCCUGACCAAGCGAAGCUGGAAAUGGCUCGGCUUGGGAGAGACCUGCAGACGUUCCUGCCUCAUUGUUUGGUGGAAAUGGGGCUCGGCGAACUGCCGUUCUUCAACGACGUCACGAACAUCGGGAGCUACUUCGACCAAGGAACGUUCUCGGUGAAGUCGGAGGCCCAAUGGAACAAGAACAUCAAGAAGGACCUGGUGACUUCAGUGCGAGCGACCUUGCGGUCAGUCCAGAGAUUUCAGCCCACCUUCGUCAUCGGGGACGGAGCGGGCGCUAUCGUCGCCUUGGGCCUGGCUCGACCCGAGUUCGUGGAGGAAGUGUUUCAAUGCGGAAACGUGCAGCAGGUUGAGAUCGAGAAGAUCGCUCCAGUAUGGGCGCAGAUUCUUAUGAUCGUGGCGCGGAGACAUACCAUGACCAAAGCAACUUUGGACGUCGACCUCCUGGAGAGGCUCUUACCUGCGCUUUUCCGAGCAGGAGAUGUGGAGCCGGACAUCCCUAUUCUGGGUGUCUCUAAGUCUGAAGCAGUAAACUCUGGGGUUCCCUUUCGGGACAAGGUCGUCCAGUUCUUUGACAGAGCCAAGAUCCCGCAGCAUUCGACCUUGGCCGAUUUGGAUUGGAAGGCGGCGACGAGCUUCCCGCGCCGCCGGGAGAACCUUUCGAAGAAGGUCGUUGUAGGCGACGACGUCGAGGAGAUCAAGCGAGAAGCUGGUCCAGGGGUAGGAGCAGUCGCAGUGGAAGGCGGAGCGGAGUCCUUGCCGGAACCUGAGGGCGAGGACGACCUGCCCGCAAAGAUUGAAGAAACCCUGGCGGCUUCAAGAUGGAGGCAGAACCGUCUACCCUGGACUCACCUGAUGGCGAAGAACCAAGGUAGAGGAGUGUCCGACCUGGACUUCGUUAGCCCGAUCAGCGUAAUGCAGAACGUGCAGGACGCGGGCGGGUUCUUCGAGCUCGUUGAACAUCCAUUGGUCUGGCCGAAAUGCGAGCGCACUGGCUUCGGUUACUCCGGCGAUGAUCUGCGGAGGGAGUUCUCUGUGCAGCUGGACAGCGGGGGGCAGGGCCCAUGGGAGACUUGGACCCCGUUCCAGAUCGCGGACGACGUGCACGAGGGCCCCCGCCCGAUCGCGAGGCGACCGGCGACCGCGGAAUGCGAGAUCGGAGACCGAAGGGAGAUCUCGAGGCGUGAGUUCGACUCCAGCCAGACGCAGCACUAUCGCAUGAUCGUGGCUGUCGAGCCCAGCUACCACUGGGGGGAUGGGCACGACGGGAUCACGAAUUUCGGCGAUAGGUCUGGACUUCGCUUGCAAGUAACCCCGAUACAGCAAUGCGCGGAUUUGAGGACGGUGGAGAACUCAUCGGCGCUGAUAUGGAAGAACAUCGGACGGGCCAGGUUCCCGGAGAUAGAGAUGCACGGCGUAUCCCGAGCGCUGGACCGACUUCUCUUAGAACGCAGCCGGGCAAGCCGACCGAUGACCAGCCAGGGCAGUUUCAGCGAAAGUCUCGUCGAACACCCCGCCCCAGAAGAAGUAAGGAACUUCGGUUCGAUCUACGGCCUGAACGCGGAGCGCGUUUGGAGCCACACUACCAAGACCUGGGGGCCGAUGGUAGGCAUCGUCGGGAACUGGGUCGCGAAGAUGCUCGACUUCUGCCGGUAUAGCGACAACGGGAGCGCGAUCGUUUUCGGAAAGACUUUCGGCGACGUCCGCUGGAGCGUCGUCUUCGCCAUCAACGCGGCGGAAGCGACCCGAGGGCCGUUCGCGGACGAGAGUUCCUUCGUCGGUAAAAUGUUGAAAGGCUUGGAGACGAUGAGGAAGCCGACUCUCUCUCAGACUGUCGAGGCCAUGGGGGAAGGCUGCAUGCCCUGCGCGACGAUGUGCACGAUCUACCACCAAAGGGUGCCGACCAAAAGGCGGCCCAGAUUGAUCGUGACUUAUUAUAGCGACAGGUGGAUUCUCUUCGACAAAUACGAGUCGGAGAUACAGACUUGGGAUGCGACCCAGAAGCGGACCAUCGGCCGGAUCGAAGACUGGUCGUGGAUCCAAGGGAACGCUGAAGCCGUCGUGCCUCGGAACAAGUACCAGCUUGAGAGGGCGUAUACGACGCAGCUCGGGUUCGAGUCAGCCGUGAGCAUCGAAGACUACGCGGAGAGCGACGACGUUCCGCCUCCUCCGACCCCGAGUGACCAGACGGCGGCGUCGGAGAGCGACCUGUUGCGGUUUCUGACGGACGAGGAGGAAGCCAAGUUGUUUGAAGAGUCUUCCGUCUUGAAGUACAAAGAGCGGAAUACCGCGCGGAACAAAGAGCGGGCCAAACUCGAGACGGAAGCAGAGGAGGCCUGGGAGUUCACGGUAAGUACCACCUUACGGAUGGAAUGGGUAGCCGCCCAAAAGAGGAAUGCAGAUUGCGUCAGGACGUUCAAGAAUCUGCGGGAAGCGGCCCGGAGCCGCGCGAGUCCCUCCGACCCAUCACGCUUAGCCAACGCGAGCGGACGGCACGGAGAAAUUGCCCGCUCCAUACAAGAAACUUUCCGGAUAGCAGAAGACGGAUUGCUGGAGCGAAAGGUCCAGUCAACGAACUCAGGACAGCCGUCUAGGGUUCCAGUAGUUCCCGAAGGGUAUGCGACUGGACACCUCGCGUGGAAGAAGUUCGUCUUCUUGCAGUGCCAUCUUGGUGUCCUGGGUGGUCACCGGAGUGCCGACAAGACUUUCGCGUGCAUGAAGCGCCUGCGUUGGUGGAGGCACAUGCGCGGCAAUGUCCAGAAUCGGGUCAAGAAUUGCGGCAAGUGCCUACGCUUUCGGGCCGUCCCGCAGAAGGUGUCCACCGGCCCUUCGGUACCGGCAGACAUGGAAUGCUGGCAGGAGGUUCUGAUUAACCUUGAAGGACCGAACCCAGUCGACAGGAUGGGUAACCGGUAUUAUAUGACCUACAUUUGUUGUCUAUGCCACGGGGUAUUUUUGCGUGGGUUGCGGGACACGAGUGCGAACGAACCGCGGAGGGCCUUCGCCUCGUGCAUGUUCCGUUCUGGGACGAUCCCGUCUGUUGUCCAGAGUGACUGCGGACCCGAGUUCAAGAACUACAUCAUGGCGGAGUUCACUGCCAUCUUGGGCAUCGGGCAGAAGUUUGGGACACCAUGGCGACCCAUGGAACAGGCACUCGUAGAAGGAAAGCACAAAGAGGUUCAGAAACUUGUUGGAAUCCUCGUAAAGGACGUGAUGAAGUGCUUCCCCGAUGAGGUCUCUGGGCUUCUCCACGUGAUCGAGUACAUGAUCUACAAUGCCCCGGGCCACCGCGGCUAUGCGCCGAGGGUCAUUGACCGCAGGUGGUCCAUGAAGACCCCCUUGGAGCGGGAACUGCACGGUGUGACCGUGAGUGAAUCGGAGCCUCUCCAUGAGAGGGCCAAGGCGAUGUUCGCGGCCCAUGACCAGGUGCGGAAGCGAGUCCUUGAGCUGAAGCGGCAGGACGCGAUGCAGCGGGCAGAUCUUUUUAAUCGCCAUCGAGUCGGAAAGCGGAUUCAGAAGGGUGAUCACGUCUUAGUUCGGGACAACCGGCCGAACAGAAGCGGGGGGCGUACGGUCUGGAAGUCGCCUCUGUCCGAACCGGGCGUCGUCCUGGACGUUCACCACAACAAAAUUCGCGUUCGCUACCAGGAUGGCACCGAGCGAGAGGUUCAUAUGGAACAAGCCCUCCAAACUCCCGGCGGGUACGAGGACCAUGAGCACGCAAACCCGACCGAGACGGCGGGUCCUGGAGCCGAUUUCACUCCGGACCCCCCGGCCGAAGGAGUCGUUGCUCAGCCGGAAGGUCAGGUCAAGUCGAGAUCCCCCGGUCAGAUGAUGGAAGACAACGGCGAGACGCUACGCGCCCGCCAGAGGGAAGUCCGGAAGAUGUUUCCUCGAUCGCGAGGCAAGCGAGAAGACCUAGUUCCGGGCGUCACUAAGAUCGCGUAUUCAGUUUCGUCGGAGGCGAAGACCAUGAACGUAGGCCUCUUCAUGAGGAGCUUGGAGGAGACUCAAGAGGUCGAAGUCCACGUGUACGGAGUAGCUAAGGAUCUGAGGUUGACGACCAAAUGGCGCCCGCUCUUCUACAACGCGGAUGGCUGUCCGUCCUUGGUGGAAGAAAGCGAGUGCACAGAACAGGCCGUUUUGGAGAAGAUCACGUACAACAGGAUCCUCAGCGACAAGGACCCGUUCGGAGGGGGUUUCGCCAAAUACCAGGAAUUGAAGCAGGUAGAAGAAGGGAUCGACCGAAUAGCGGUCCCGGGGAUCGACACUGUAAUUGAGAAUAUCAAGCGACCGAAGAACGCGUCGAAUUUGCCAGACGGAGCUGGAGCCUAUUCGCCCGGAAGGAUCUGGGAGAGGUUCGAGCCACUGCCGGACCCGCCAGCGGUUCCAUCCUCAGGACCGACGCUCGGUGGAGCCGGCAACGCCAAGUACGAGGUAGACUUCUUGGAACUGUUCGCAGGCUGCGGUAUCCUUACCGAAGCCUGCAGCGUCUUAGGCGUGAAGGUGGCUUCCAGACUGGAUAUACUAUACCAGAGUUACGGCCGAGCGUGGAACUUCGGGAAGCCAGCGGACCAGGCGGAUUGUGCGUACCUGAUUGUGUACGUCUUCCGACCCAAGGUCCUCCACCUCGGGAUCCAGUGUGCGGACUUCAGCAUGUUGGGGAACCGUGAACCAGAUGCCGAGACGCUAGCAUUCGUGGAAUUCUCUGGAAAGUGUGCCGCGCACCAGAACCGACUCCGGCUCGGAGCGUCUCUGGAGAGCCCAUGGAGGUCCGACUUUUGGGAGAACGAGAUCCUCGGGCAGUACAUCGAGUUCGACGAGCAGGAAUCGCCUUGGGAACUGACGAGGAAUGCGGGCUGCCAGUUCGGGAUGACCUUCCCCGGGCACCAGGAGAUCGAAGUGCGAGACGGGGAUGAGUGCAUCGUCUGCGACGCUUACGGAUCGUGCAUCGAGAAAGGCAGAGGUUGGCUCGGCAACUUCGGACUGGACUUGCUGUCUCGCAAAUGUGCGGACCCAGAGGCCCUAGCGAAGACGGGGCACUUCCAUGUUCACGCCAGAGGGGAUUACACCGAUCCGGAGGACGGCAAACGGAAGAAGGUCGCGAAGUUCACCGGACGGUACACCCCUCAGGAGGCAUCUGCGCAUGCUCAGUGCGCAGCGUUCCAGGUCGCCACCGAAUACGAGCGAAAGACCAUAGACGAUGUCGAGCAACGGCCGACCGAGCUGAUGAAGCUCGCGAAGAAGUCAAUAUGGUACGCAGAGUACCAGGGUAUCCUGCACACGAUCUCUGAGGAGUCGGAGCCGGAGGAAGAUGAGUCGACCGAAGGAUGGAACAUCGACCCGACUGGACUAAGAGCGACACGCCCUGGUAGCGGAGAGGCCAAGUGGGAUCAGAUCUGGAUGAAGCGAGCGACGGAGAAGGGCUGGGACCAAAUACGGACGCCGCUCGAGGCGUACCGCUACUCAGGUUUCAAGGAAGAGGUCACCUCGGAUCCGAGAAGGACGCCGCCGCACGACCUGAAGGCGGAGGACGCGCAGUUCGUCGACGAGAAGUUGAUGGAAGAAGUCCAGACGGGACAGCUGGAACGAGGCAACAGCCCCUGGGCGUCGCCUCCGUCCCCGACGAAAGACUUUGCCGCUCAUAAGCGACAGCGAAAGAAGCGGAUUGUUGUGGACUACCGCAGAGUCAACCAACGGACCGAGAGGGCCGUAUACUUCGUGAGGAACCAGGAAGAGAUUGUGAUGUCUUGCGCUGGGAGCGUCUUUCUGACGCUCGUGGACGCCUGUAAAGGGUUCAACCAGAUCGUGAAUACUGAGUGCCUGACCUUCGGGCCUACGAAUGGACCAGAGGACUUCGCCUUCGCGACGGACCGGGUGUUCGCGCCGGGCGAGGGUCGGCGCCGCUGGUUCUGCGAUAACUGGCAGAUCUACGCCGACGACAUCACGAUCCGGGCGAAGAUCGAUGCGGCGAAGCUGAGGAAGCAGGAGAUGGACGAGUCGGAGAAUUCCGCGGAGAAGCAGAUGGUCAGCCUGGAGGAGGCUCUGAAGGUGCUCGGCUUCUCCGCGAAGCCUAAGACGCAGGCGCCUAAGGAGGCGGGGGCGCGGAUCAAGAAGACCGCGGGGCGCGCGACGACGGAAGGCGAGAAGAGCAGCUGCGGCCUCAAUGACCACAGCAGCGCAUUCCAGUCGCCGACUGCUCACGCAGCUAGCCUAACGCAGAUGAUCUACCGUCCGAGCCACUUGCCAGACGGAGCAGUAAUCGACCCUGCGACCAUCAGCUUGGAGACGCGCCUGAGCGUCCUCCUCUCGCACGGAGGGCUGAUCGGGCGGCUGUGCCGCGAGGUACCAGACAGGUGGGACGAGAUCGCGGAGAUCCUCAGCAUCGGAAUUGGUCCAUACCCUCAUGAAGACCGCCUGUGCACGCCGUGGGAGCGUGGCGCAUGUUGGGAGCCCCUUGGCACGGAGCGGUGGCUCUGCCCGAUGUGUAACCGGACGAGGAGUCAGGAGGCUGUCGACGCUUCGACUGGAGAUGUGCUGACCCGGUUCUAUCCCGCACGUGAUGGCCCACUGGCAGUCGCUCAUCUUGCCAGGACUCGGGCGUGGGAUUGCCCGGGGCGCGGCACGGUGGGAGCGUCGGAACGCGGCGCAUGCCUGAGAUGCGGAGUCAGGAGGCCCGAGACGCCGUACCCUCAGUACAGAGCAGCGCACGGUGCCGACGGAGCAGCACGAGAUCCUGGUCCGGACCCGGUGAUCAUCGGAGUUGGCGACGCUAUGGACGUUGCGUCUCGAGGGCCGACCGUCGUCCCGUGGGGCGCAGUGUCAGUUCGCUCUUGGCCAGACUCGGAGCCGAGUGAGAUGCCGGACUCCGGAGCGGGCCCGAGCGAUCAGCCGGGCGAAGAUGCGGAGCAAGCACCGCGAGCUCCGACUGAAGGAGAAGAUGCAGCGAAUGGGCCGAACGAUCGUGGGACUGGAUGCGGACCGCCCUUCGCGCAGGAGGCUUCCCACCCGAGAACACAAAUCAUAGAGACGCCUACCUUUCCGGAGUGGCGCCUGGACGGUCCCGUUGUCGAGCAACUCGGAGGAACCGUCUGGACGGAGGUUGAGAUCGCACAGGAGAUCCUCUGGGAAGGAUGGGGCCACGCGGAGAAGUUCCCCGGGAAGCUUGGAUACUACGAUUCCUGCCGGAUUGAGAGAGCCGGACCCGGCAGCAAGACCAGGGGCGGCUACCCGGAGGGGCAGCCUGUCUUUAACGCGAUGAUGGAGAGGUGCCCGGAGACGAGCGAUCAGGACAAGUUCAGGGGCCUACUCGUUGGGAUGAUCAGAGGGCACGAGCCUGAGCACUGCAAGGACUGUGGAGCUCGAUUGUUUCCUAUCGUGGGAGCCCGAGCGAACACCGGGCCGAUAGGUGGAGCUCAGUCGUGGAACCUGAACAUGCUGCACCCGCCGCCGGGCGUCACCGGCAUCUACCGAUGGCGGAGCGAUGACGACGACCCAACGGCACUGACCGGGUACAUCGACAGACAGCCGACGAACACGGAUCCAUGCUAUCCGUGGAGAAUUUCGGAUCCUGAUGACCCGAUGAGGUGGCUGUUCUACUCGGAGAUUUGCGCAUUCGUAGCCGUGGAGGCCCGGUACUACACCGAGAGCAUGCCAGGCGCGAUGCAGCUCCAGGAUACGUUCACGAAUACCUUCAGCCUGGGGUAUGGAAGAGAGACGGAGGUUACCUUCAACGUCUACUUCGACGACCGGUACGUGGUCGGACAAGUUGAAAGGAGACAGACCCCUCUCGAGAGAUGGCUGGGAAGGUCCAUGACGGACGCCGAGAGAGCGGCCCUCGGCCUCACUGACGCUGCACCGAGUUACGUCUCCCCCGAUGCUCACCUGGUCUUGAUUUGGUUCGAGUUCAUCCAGCUGGCGUUGGCUCAACCGGAGCUGAGCACUGGAUCUGGCGUGCCCCAAGGCUGCCCUCUCAGCCCUGCGGCGUACGCGGCGGCACUCCACGAGACGACUCUGCAGCACGUCGCUGGCUCCCCACAGUGGCUGGUCACGGCGCAUAUCGAUGACGUCGUUGCUGUUGUGCCCGCCUCAGACGCUGAGCAGUUCCUCCAAGACCUCUCCGGCAGACUCAGCGCUUGGGGGCUUGCUCUCAACGCGGACAAAACGAAGGUGUGGCAGCCUGAAGGCCACGGCCCGUGCCCCCCGGCAUUGCGGCCCUACGUAGUGGACGAGCUCCGCGUGCUCGGCUGCGGCCUCACGCACCGCCAGGACGACGAUUGGGAGGAGCUAGCAGCUGGCUCCAGAGGCGGCGCCCGGGCCAUGGGCAAGGUGACAGAGGCCUUGGGGGCUUUCGGUCAGACCCUGCACGAAGCCGUGGCCGCUGGCCUCGGAGUCCAAGAGGCCGGCGCUAUGCUCCGCUGGACGGCGCAGGGCCUCCCGAACCACCUCCUGCGCGCGCGGCUCGUGGACCUGCAGGCGGCGCAGGCCUUCGACCGCACCCUCCGGGGCUUGUGGGACCGCUUACUCGACGAGGCCCAGACCGACAGGGAGCGGGCCCAGGCGCGCCUGCCGCUCCGGGACGGCGGCCUUGCAGCGGGGGCCGCCGAGCCCCGACGAGAAGCCGCCCACGUGGGCGCGUGGCGCGCUGCAGCCCUGGCGUUUGCGCGCGCCCUGGGCAUAAGCAGCCCAGAGGAGCUCCUUGCGAGGCAGGCCACGGGCACGCAGGACUUCACCAGAGCUGUGCCCGCAUACAACACAAUGGUGGGCAACGCGGCGCACUACCUCCAGGUCUCGCUGGCGCAGGGAGAGCGGAGCAGACAGAAAGACUUGAUGGGGCCCGUCAUGGAGGUUCUGCGCGCGCGGGCCAAGAACGGCCUUGACGACCGCGCGCUGGGCCGCCUUCUGUCCUGCGGAGGCCCCGGCGCGGGGGCUUUCACCCUGCUGCCCGCGGCACCAGAGCAACGGAUGACGGCCGACCUGUACCGAUUGUCCUUGCGGAGGCGCCUCCUGAUGGAGGGUACGCGGCUGCUGAGGGGUCACGCAUUGCAGACGCACUGUCAAAACACAUCCCGCGAGGGGGUGGUUUGCGGAGCUUUGCACGAAGCCGACCAGCAUCGCGCCAUCGCGUGCCAGAGGGGUCCGGCGCGCACCAGCCGGCACGACCGAGUUCGUGAUCUGCUAGCGCGCUGGCUCGCCAAGAGGGUCUCGGGCUUGGUGCAGACCGAACAAACCGUGCCGCAGUGGACGCGGCGGCGCCGUGAUCCGACUACUGGCCACGAUUUGAUGGAGCUGGCGGUGCUGGACGUGAAGUGGUCCGAGAAGGGCGCGCGCCACGUGGUGGAUGUGGCGGUCACCAGCCCAGACAGCGCCGACGAGCGCAAGGAGAGGGCCAGGGCAGCCCACGCGGGCCUGGCUGCCGAGGACGCGGCCCAGGGGAAGCACCUGCGCUACCCCCCCGGCCCAACAACCCCGCACCUCACGGCCUUCGCUGUCGAGACGGGCGGGCGGGUUGGCCAGGAGGCCAGGCAGCUCGUCUUAGACCGCCUGGACCGCGCAGAGGGCGAGGCGGGCGCCAGCGCGGACGCCGCGGCCUUUUGGCAAGAACUGUCAGCCACGCUGCAGACCGCAGUGGAUGAACAGACUCUUGCCGCUCACCGGCCGGCGGCCCCUGCCGGAAGGCGCUGA